GGUUGGUUUAUGAGGCCCAAUCACUGACUUACAAAUGACGACACACAAGAAUUCAGCAGUUACUGGAGUAUUUUCCAUACCAAUUCACCCAAAACAAACCAGCAUCUUUCAGCAGAGCCAAAACAAAAACAAAAACCAAAACCAAAAUAGUAAUCACAAAAAAAAGAGAGAAGAUCUAAGAUGAGGAGGAGCAGCAGCAGCGACAGCGGGAAGAAUGGUGUGGCGACGGCGUUGCUAGAGUUGGAAGGAGGAGGGAAGAGAAAGUGGUUGGAAAUGAUAAUAGACAGCAAAGAAAGCAAGGAACAAAUAUUGUAUUCAAUGCCAUUGGUGCUAACAAAUGUGUGUUAUUAUCUCAUUCCUUUGGUUUCUGUUAUGUUCGCCGGUCAUCUUGGUCAACUUCAACUUGCCGGUUCUACUCUUGCUAAUUCUUGGGCUUAUGUUACUGGUUUCGCUUUCAUGCUUGGUCUAAGUGGUGCACUUGAGACACUAUGUGGGCAAGGUUAUGGUGCAAAACUAUACAACAUGAUGGGAAUUUACCUCCAAGCAUCUUGCAUAAUAUCAUUCUUUUUCUCCAUAAUCAUAUCCAUAAUAUGGUGGUUUACAGAACCAAUUCUAAAUUUCCUUGAUCAAAACCCUGAAAUCUCAAAAGAAGCAGCUAGUUUCCUUAGAUAUCUAAUACCAGGAAUUUUCGCAUUUGGCACCAUUCAAAACAUCUUGAGGUACCUCCAAACACAAUCUGUGGUUUGGCCUACUGUUGUAUGUUCCCUUGUGCCGUUGCUCUUGCACUUUGGUCUCAACUAUGUGUUGGUCUAUUGCACCCCCCUCGGCCUCAGUGGCGCGGCAUUGGCUACUUCCAUCACGCUGUGGAUUUCAGUCAUAAUGUUGCUUCUUUAUGUCAACUAUAGUAAAGAUUGCGAGCAUACUUGGUCCGGGUUUUCCAAAGAGUCGAUUCAUCAUGUUGCUAGUAAUUUGAAGUUGGCGUUACCCUCUGCUGCUAUGGUUUGUUUAGAGUAUUGGGCAUUCGAGAUAUUGGUGUUGCUGGCUGGCCUGUUUCCAAACUCGGAAAUAACCACUUCUCUAAUUGCAAUGUGUGUUAACACAGAAGCAAUUGCUUUCAAUUUUACUUAUGGCUUAAGUGCGGCAGCAAGCACGAGGGUAUCGAAUGAGCUUGGAGCAGGGAGACCGAAUGAAGCUAAACACGCAAUGGGUGUAACAUUGAAGCUAUCAGUCAUGCUAACUGCAAUUAUUCUUCUAGCUCUUGGUUUUGGACAUGAUGCUUGGUCAGGUUUCUUCAGUGACAGCACUGAUAUAAUGCAUUCAUUUGCUUCCAUGACGCCUUUUGUUUGCAUUUCAAUAUUUCUUGACUCUAUUCAAGGCAUUUUAUCAGCGGUUUGUAGGGGAUGUGGUUGGCAACAUUUGGCUGUCUACAUAAACUUGGCCACAUUCUACCUUAUUGGCAUGCCCAUUGCAUGCUUACUUGCCUUCAAGUUCGAUAUGUACGUCAAGGGUCUAUGGAUUGGCAUAAUAUGUGGCCUCGCGGCUCAAAAUGGCUCUUUGUUUCUAAUUACUCGACUUCAGAACUGGACAGCAAUCGGGCUUUCCCCUGAUGCUGAUCAAGAACGUUCAACUUUGGUUUAGUUGGUGUAACUCAAUUCUACUUGUAUCAAAAUUACCAAUGCACAACUAGAAGAUGUGAGCUUUUUUUUGUUUUGUUCCUUAACAAUGCUUAAGAUUAUUAAAUUUUUUUAUAGGAUCCUUGCUCUCGAGGAUAAAACAAUGGUUAAGAUACAUUGUUGGGUUGGGGAAGGCUAGGAAUACACAAGGUGUAAAGGUAUCUUGCACACCUCCAAUUGAAAUCUCCCACCUCACAAAUCCCACUAAAAAAAUAGUGGGGAAAAGCAAUAUGAAAAUAAGAUUUUGGGCGGGAAGAAUUCACCAAAAUGCGCUACUUGCUAUACUUGAGCUGGAUUUUUUUGGCUGAGCACCAAACAUAUCGCCUAUAAUUUACAUCAAAUGGUAUUUAAUUUCUUUAAGCUUUCAUCUUCCUUUAUUUUCAUCUUUCAAUUUCUUCCAUUAAUAACCAAAGAAAGAUUCAAUUUCUUCCUAAAAUUUCUGCUAUUAUUGUGCUUUUAUUUUCCACAAAAAAUCUAUUUCAUCCUUAUUUACAUUAAUAAUUCGUGUUUAAUAGGAAAUCUUCGAAACAUAUAAAAUUUUCCAUUAGAAAACUCCCCUCCAUGAAUGAUGCACAUAUCCUGUUUGAUGAAAUUACCAAGAAAUUAAGAUUUAAUCUAAUUUCAGUUAUUACGGUAUACUAGGUAGAAAAUUGUGUAGUAGAGAAUUAGAUAUGGCUAUGUGUUAUUCUUCAGCGUCCGGUCGAAACUAGAAAUGAUGGACUAGAAGUGACAAUUGGAUGUUUUCUGAAUUAAAAAGCUAACUUUUCGACGUUAUGAUCUAAACCAUUUAUUUACAAUGUACGAAAUUAUUAUUAUUUUGAUGUUGUUACUAUUUUCCAGGUUAAGAUUGACAUACGACAAUAAAAAAAAUUAUUUGGAAAUCGAUAAACAUUUUCUAGUAUCGCACGUUAUAUAAGUUUUAUUGAAAUCCCUUGUGUAAUCUUAACAAGUAUAUAGUACACAUAAAAAAGUAAAACCAAU